AUGACCAACUUUGAGCGGCUGUUAGAGAUGGAAGAGAAUGGAGGGAUGACUGUGAGAGAGGAGGAGGAGGAGGAGAGGAGGCUCGCCAAGAAGCUGAAUGUGAAAGGCGGGGUUUUGCCAGGGUCUAAGGACGGUUUGGAAGGGUUUUUGGGGUUUGGGGGGAGUGAUGAGGAGGAUGGGUGGGGCGGGAUGGGAGGAGGUUUAGGGGAUUCGGAAGAUGAGGAGGAGGACGAGGAAGAAGAGGGCGUAGAAGGGUUUAGUGAGGAGGAUUAUAGUGAGGAUGGGAUGGAGGAUGGGGAGGAGGAGAGAGAGGAAGGAGAGGAAGGGGAAGAGGGAGAGGAGGGAGAGGAAUGGGAGGAAGGGGAGGAAGGGGAGGAAGGGGAGGAAGGGGAGGAAGGGGAGGAAGGGGAGGAGGGAGAGAUGGAGGAAGAUGAGGAUGACGAAGAGGGAUCACUGGGUUCUUUUGAGGAGGAUGGGGAAUGGUCAGAUGAUGGUAGUGAGGAGGGAGAGGAGGGAAAGGAAGGGGAUGAAGAGGAGGAGGAGGAAGGGGGGGAGUGGGAGGACGAGGAGGAAGAGCAGGGUGGAGAAGCAGCAGAGGAAGGGGAAAAGCGCACAAGUGCUCUGGCGAAUAAAAAAGUAGGCGAGGGGGGAAAGUACGUGCCACCUCAUUUGAGACGAGCAGCGGCAGGAGGAGCAGGGGCCGAGGACGAUGCUGCUGAACGGCAGCGGGUGAUCCGACGGCUGAAAGGCCUUCUGAACCGCCUUUCAGAAUCCAACGUGGAUGCCAUCAGCUCUGACGUCAGCACCCUCUUCCAGCUGCACAAGCGGUCGUCGUUGGUGGCAGCACGGGUGGCAGAUGAGGUCAUCGCGGUGCAGCAUGGCACCAACGCAACACAACACACAACACGCACAGGCAUUCCUAUCCACGGUUUCAUUCAUUCUGUCUUUUAUCCAUCCCUGCCUCCGUCAAUCCUCCUCCCAACCUGUGCAUGCAGCUGCACAAGCGCGCGUUGGUGGCAGCACUGGUACGCGGCAGUGUUUGCGGCGUUCGUCGCUGCCACGGCCGCCACCGUUGGGAUCGACUUUGCAGCCAACUUCACCGCCACGCUUGCCACUCGCUUCGAGGCGCUGUACGAAGCAGAUGAAGCGCUGGGUCUGCGUAAUCUCACCAUGCUGCUUGCCUACCUCUAUGUCUUCAAGCUGCUUGCCCCGGAGGUGAUAUACUCGUUUCUAGCUCGCCUCACAGAUGGAUUCAAAGAGCUCGAUGUGGCUGCCAUGAUUAACUUGCUACAGUCAUGCGGGCUUGCCCUGAGAGCUGACGAUCCUGUGGCGAUGAAGGAGUUUAUCCUCUCCGUGCAGAGCAAGGCAGCAGACAGAAGGAGGCAAGCACAGGACGCACAGAGUGAGGGUGCUGCUGGCGGCAAGCCAGUGCCAGUGUUGAGCAAGCGGGUGGAGUUCAUGCUCGAGACAAUCACGGACAUCAAGAACAACCGAGCACCACGCAACGCCGGCCGUAGAGGAGGAAAGGCAAGUGACGGCAGCACGGCCGUUUCCCGCCUGCAGAAAUGGCUGCUCAAGCGUCCAGUGGAAACCGUUCAGCUACGAUCGCUGACGUGGCAGCGCCUGAUUGACCCGCACAAGCACGGCCAAUGGUGGCACACCUCCUCCUCCCAACCCCUUGGCUCCCUACCCGCCACAUCAGCAGCACUGGGCAGCAGCGGCAGUGCCAGCCUGGCGGUCCAGCUGGCGGGAAACGCGCUGCUGGACGCUGCUGACGUGGCGGAAGCCGAGAGGCUGAUGCAGCUGGCGGCGGCGCAGAGGAUGAACACGGAUGCCAGGCGGGCGGUGUUCUGUGUGAUUAUGAGCGCAGAGGAUUAUAUCGAUGCCUUUGAGAAGCUGCUGAGGCUGGGACUACCCGGCAAGCAGGACCGGGAAAUCUUGCGUGUGCUGGUAGAGUGCUGUAUGCAGGAGCGCCAUUUCAACAAGUAUUAUUCCCUUCUAGCUGGGAGGUUGUGUGGGCACGCUCGGAGUCACAAGUUCAGUCUGCAGUACUGCCUGUGGGACCACUAUCAACAGCUCCCCGACAUGGACCCCCGCCGCUCGCUGCACCUCGCUCAGUUCGCCGCCCAGAUUGUCGGCAACCAUGCGCUGUCGCUGGCGCUGCUCAAGUUCGCCGCCCAGAUUGUCGGCAACCAUGCGCUGUCUCUGGCGCUGCUCAAGGUACUGCCGUGCUUGCCCUUUCCCACCAGUUAUGCAUUUAUCCGGGUGCUUGCCCUAUGCAAGCUAACCCAACCCGCCGCUCACUGCACCUCGCUCAGUUCGCCGCCCAGAUUGUCGGCAACCAUGCGCUGUCGCUGGCGCUCCUAA